AUGAUGGCCAUACUCACAGGGCUGUUGUACCUGGGUCUUAUUGUGGAACCCAGGACUGCAGUACAGGCAGAACACCUCCCAAAGCCAAUUAUCUGGGCUGAGCUAUGCUCUGUGUUUGCCUUACAUACACCUGUGAUUAUCUGGUGUCAGGGUUCCUAUGAGGCCCGGGAGUAUCGUCUGUAUAAAGGGAGAAGUGUAGAUCCUUGGGACACUCAAUUCCCUCUGGAAGCCAGGAAUAAGGCCAAGUUCAACAUUCAAUGCAUGACAAUCGCCUAUGCAGGCAUCUAUAAGUGUUAUGAUAAGAGUGAUGCUGGAUUUUCAGAGCACAGUGAUGCCAUGGACUUGGUUGUGACAGGAGCGUAUGGAAAUCCAAACCUGUCAGUCUGGCCCAGCCCUGAUGUGACCUCUGGAGUUUUCAUAGCCUUUAUGUGUAGCUCACACAUAGGAUUUGGCAGAUACAUUCUGAUCCAGGAAGGAAAACACCACCUGUUAUGGAUCCUGGACUCACAGUAUCAGGACAAUUAUUCAUUCCAGGCUAUGUUUGUUGUGGACUCUUUUACUCCCAAACACAAUGGAACAUUCAGAUGUUAUGGCUUUUUUAAGAAUAAACCUCAGGUGUGGUCAAACUCAAGUGACCCCCUUGACCUCAUGGUCUCAGAUGCCAAAGAGAGGUCCCCUACCCACACUGAAGAUGAAACCCCAUCCUCACACCACCAAGGUCACACAGUUGAAAAUCUCAUCAGAAUGCUUUUAGCUGCCUUGGUUCUUGUGACUCUAGUGAUGGUGCUGUUAGAGGCUUGGACCUUCAAGAAAGUGGAACAAGAUUCAACCAGGAGAUAAACAAGAAAGACUACUAGGCUCC